AUGGCCGCUCAAGCACCAGCUAUUGCGACGAUUUCAAACGAGGAGUACAUUCGUCUGUAUAAAGGGGGUCUCAUCCCACUCAAAGUCUGCCUCGCAUCUCUGAUUUGGGUGCUUCAUGACUACCUGGUCACGCUAGAGGACGAGGUUCGCUACAUAUGGCCUCAAAAAAGAAGCUUUGGGCGGUUCAUGUUCCUCUGGAUACGGUACUACACUAUUGGCCUUGUAUGUUUCGACGUUGUCCAGAUACAUGGAUUCGCCAUCCCCGGGGUAACAAACAACACGCUAUGCGUUGCGGCCGACCCGACCAUUCGAAUGGUGGGCGGUAUUAGCCUCUGGUCAGUAGAAAUCAUCAUGCAGUUGCGGGUGUAUGCUCUGUACAAUCGUUCAAGGAAGGUAGCUGCGUUCAACGGCAUCCUCUUCACCAUUUCUAUCGGGCUAUUCUUGUGGAUCAUGAUCGUCAACGCCAUGAACCGCGGGAGGCUGAUAGCUACGGCCAUCCAUCUGCCAAUACCUGGGUGCCCUGCUAUCAAUGGAGGUACUCAAUGGGCGCAGUGGAUACCCGCUGCUGCCUUCGAGUUGGUCCUAUUCGGUUUUGUGCUGUACAAGGCAGCGAUCUUAAGUUCGAACUCCUUCAAGUCUACGAGGUGCGUGACGCUUCAGGCUGUCCUUCUAGGCGAGAAUACGAUUUAUUUCUUUAUAAUCGCGAGCCUUCUUAUUUUUAACAACCUGAUGGUCGUCGGAGCCACAAGAAUUCCAUGGUUUGGCCUUGCACCCUUCCACGCAGCAGUCGGGAUUGUCACUUGUCGCAUGCUGAUCCAUCUCCGCAAGUUCUCGAUCGAGAACCUGGAAGGCAAGUUUGCGUCCUCGAAAUUCCCCGAAUUGAACACUGGGACGGAAGGAAACUUCGUGAACGAGGGCAUACUGCGCCAAAGGUACGAAUCCGAAGACAUGGAUUGUUGCAGUUCCGGAGACGUGGAGAGCCUUGCCGGGUCGUCAGACUUUCACUCCAUUUCUACGGUUGCAAUCGGCGAGCCAGGACCCUCGCGUUUGGAUCACAAGUAA